AUGACAAGUUGUGCCCCUUCACCGCGAUGCUCCGGGAACAGGAGACGCUCUGAGUGAGGACCGCCGCCAGCCCCACUCCGCGGAGGACGGUGCCUAGGCCGGUGGCCCUGCAUCCCGCGCUUCUGCUCGGCUAGGUGGGCUCUCCUCCCGCCUUCGCAGGGACGCCCCGCAGAGAGUGACAGCGAUGGCCACGAGGAAGCGAACCCUCAAGCUGCUCACCUUCCUGGGGCUCUUCAUCUUCCUCACCUCCUGCUUCCUCAACUACUCCCACACCGGGGUGCCUGCCGCCUGGUUCCCCAAGCAGAUGGUCCUGGAGCUCUCUGCCAACUUCCGGAAACUCAUCAAAUCCCAGCCGUGCACCUGCGCCAGCUGCCUCAGCCAGCACGGGCUCUCAGCCUGGUUCGACCAGCGCUUCAACCAGACCAUGCAGCCGCUGCUGAACGCCCACAACGCCCUCAUGCCGCAGGACGCCUACCAGUGGUGGCUGAGGCUGCAGAGGGAGCGGAAGCCCAGCAACCUGAGCGACACGGUCCGGGAGCUGUUCCGCGUGGUGCCGGGGGACGUGGACCCCACGCUGGAGAAGAGGGCGGUGGGCUGCCGGCGCUGCGCUGUCGUGGGCAACUCGGGCAACCUGCGGGAGUCCUCGUACGGGUCCGAGAUAGACAGCCAUGACUUCGUGCUCAGGAUGAACAAGGCACCCACCGUGGGGUUUGAGGCCGACGUCGGGAGCAGAACCACCCACCAUUUUGUGUACCCCGAGAGCUUCCGGGAGCUGGGAGAGAAUGUCAGCAUGGUCCUGGUCCCCUUCAAGACCACAGACCUACAGUGGGUGAUCAGCGCCACCACCACGGGCACCAUCACCCACACCUAUGUCCCUGUCCCUCCGAGGAUCAGAGUGAAAAAGGAUAAGAUCCUGAUCUACCACCCGGCCUUCAUCAAGUACGUCUUCGAUAACUGGUUGCAGGGCCACGGGCGGUACCCAUCCACAGGCAUCCUGUCCGUCAUCUUCUCCAUGCACGUCUGUGACGAGGUGGACUUGUACGGCUUCGGGGCGGACAGCAAAGGGAACUGGCACCACUACUGGGAGAAUAACCCGUCGGCGGGGGCUUUCCGCAAGACGGGGGUGCAUGACGCGGACUUCGAGUCCAACGUCACAGCCACCUUGGCGGCCAUCAGCAAAAUCCGCAUCUUCAAGGGGAGAUGACGCCCGGGAGGGCCGCGGAUGGCCCGCGUCACCUCGCACCUCUCCGUUUACAACCGCGGCAACUUGCCGGAGCCAGUCUGUUCUGGAAGCUUCCGGGGCCAGCCUCCGGCGGGCCCUGGUGUGCUCAUGGCCUCUGGCCUGUCCACCUUUAACCUCAAAGUCACCCGGUGGCGCGCCCAGGGCCACAAAGACGGCCCAGGCCCGUCUCCUAUGGCUGUCCCCCAGUCCGGGGCAGGUGGGGAGAUGCCGGGCACGGCGCCCUCUCCAAAUAGGAGAAUUACCUCGGCUUUUGGGUUGUGGGGCACAAAGGAUGGAGGACUCCCGCAUUCCAAAGGACAGGCAAUCUCCCAGGAGGGAAGGUGGGUGGAAGCCGAGGACCACAGAGACCUCCAGUGCGCACGCUCAGCCUCAGGCUCCGGCUGGGAUGUUGGCAGAUGACCGUUACCUGCAGCACAGAGCCGCGCGGGGUCACGCGGGCACGGGGCAACCGUGAUGCCCUUUGCAUGAAGCCCGGCCUCUUGCUUGGUAUGAGCACCCCAUGGUUCCCCUCCCACACACCCUGUUCCCAAAGCUCCCCGAUAAUGGAGGAACGUGGCCAUGUGUCUCUGACGGGAGCAACGCCCCCUCUCCUGCGCAUCCCUUUGUGUGAUCGUCUCCCAGAGCACGCCUGCCCACUUCAUGUGCCUUUGAACUUGGGGAAGACAUGCAUGCAUGCGCUGGCUGAAGGGAGGCCCCAACUCCAACUCCAGAAAGGGGAGACCCACCAGCAGCCCAGCCAUUGCUGAAUAGCAGAUGUCCUUUUUCCAGUUUUCUGAGCCAGCUCUAGAGUUGGAACGAAGCUUGGAUCGAGGUGUCCACCCAAGGCGUGUCUGUCCUCCGUGGGGGUGGACACACAGUCCAGUUUGGUGUCUGUGACCCUCCAAAGCUCCCCGAGCUCCCCUGCCAUGUAGGGCCCCAGCUCUGGGCCAGGUAGGGGCCACCUCACUGGUAUCCUGGGGGUCAGAGUGGGGACACCUAAGAAAUGGUGACUGGCUGUCUACAUACCUCAUCUCCUCAUUCCUUUCUCUCUGUUCUGCUCUGCUCUGCUCUGUUCCGCUCCCCUCUCCUCCUCUUCCCUGUGUUGCCUUCGUGAUUAUUUAUUGGUGUUUUAAACGAAUUCAGCUGAAAUCAUGUGCAUGCGCUGUUUCUGCUGCUCCUGGCGUCAUGUGGAGUGGGGAGCAAACAGGAAGCCCCUCUCCCCAGGCUCCUUACACGAGUGUCUGGGACCUUGGAGCUUGUGGGGCAUGCUGGGGUGCAGGCCCUGGAGUUUGGGAAAUGAUCU